AUAACAUUAGUCGAGGGGUCGUGGGUAAUACCAUAUGUAGCAUGGAAAAUGCAGCACUUCAGGUUUCACAAGGUAUCUGAGUCCACGGAAAAAGGACCUAGUUUACCGGCCGUGCCCUAGGCUGAUGCCGAUCAUAUGUGUGGUCUAUACAGAAUAAAUAGUACGAGACGUGAAUCUUUACUAUAUCCUACUUAGCCGACAACAUCCUAUAGUAGCACCAACGCCGUAGCUUCGGACCUAAAGAGCUUUUUCCCUUGUCAAUGUAAGAGCAACUCACGUCAGAUUUUCGAGCAACGCUGGCAGCGCUCAUGUUUUGGUCGGACCAACCAUAUGACGCCCUGAUUCCCGAUGACCCCACUUUAUAUUGCUUAACAAAGAAAGCCUGGCCGCAAAAGAACCUUGUAUUUCCUUGGUGUUAUAUGACGGAGUCGCUUUUCGGUCGUCGUACGGUGGGACAUUGCGGACCUGGGUUGAAAGACCCUAAUGUGUCACCCCACAGGCAUCCCAUCUCUCUUGUUCCUAGAACUAUAAAGACCUCCCAGGUUAUCUUCAUUCUGCUGCCAACGAAAGAAAUAGAGAAAGAAAAUUUCCCCCAAAGAGAACAACUUUGAAGUUUUAGAACCCAGUUACAAUCCUUGAAGAUGGCGCUGAAACCGGAAUAUGUCCUUACGCGUGACUACCUCGAUAACAAUCGAAUCAACCUCCACCAUUACCUUUGCGUGGAGUUUUUCGGAUAUCACACCCAUCCGGAUAUCCCUACAGCGGAUCCCAAUCUGAAAGUCGCAGACGUAGGGACAGGAACAGGUAUCUGGCUCACUGAUUUAGCUAAGCGAUUGCCGCAGACAGUGCAACUGGAUGCACUAGAUAUCUCAUUUGAGGCAACCCCACCAGCUGAGUGGCUCCCUUCCAAUAUCCGCACUCUCGUGUGGGAUAUCAAAACAGAUCCUCCGGAGGAUCUGAUUGGUGUCUACGAUAUAGUCCAUAUUAGACAUUUUACUUUGGUCCUGAUAGAAGAGGAGUUGGAAAAUGUUCUUACCAGAUUACUCAAACUGCUAAAACCUGGUGGGUACUUGCAAUGGGUGGAAGUAGAUAUGAGCUCGUUCCGCAUUUUGAAGACCAACCCGAAUAACCAGUCUGAGGCGCUGGAGACACUUUUCAAACUCUCUCAGGGGCAGGACAAAAGGCUGAGUCCGACCUAUGUUCCCAGCCUCUCUUCUCGCUUUGAGGCUGCGGGGUUUGAGAAUAUCAAGUCCGAGUCCCGGGAUGCACCCCCACACCUUGCUCUUGCGAUGCAUGAAUGCAACUUGCUAAUUAGCGAAAUCUUGGCACGCAAGUCUAAAAACGAAAAAGUGAUGGAAUUGGUGAAGGGGCUCUUGCCCCGUGUUGAGAGCGAGACCCGUAAUGGUGCUUGUUGGGCCUUUACUCGGUGGAGCGUGGUGGGAAGAAAGCCCCAAUAGGCGGCAAGAUAUACUGUACCCAGCUAGAUAGCACGAAUAGUGGCUCACGCUUGAACUAGUAGAACUUUGAUUUAU